AUUAAAUACGGAGGGAAAAAUAAAGCGCCCGAUUAGCUCUGAAACCCCGAAACCCUUCCCCAUUUCGGCGGAAUCGCAUACACAAAAUUCUAGGGUUUGAAGGUGUCUCCAAUUCGAUCCAAACUCUCGUCCAAGUAAUCUUCAACAAGCUUUGAGAAGGUAAAGUUCAAAGCUCGUGAUGACUGAUGUUGAAGACGGAGUCCGACUUGUGCAAAACUUUUAACCUUUUUUUUUUUUUUUUUUUUUGCUUGGGAAAAUUGUUUAGGCAGAUUGCUUUAGGCCUCUUGAGCAUGCAUUCUCUUGAUUAUUGUUACCGAAGCCCAUGAUUUGGAGUUCUCUAUGGUGCUGAUGGUAAAGUGCGUCUGUAUGAUAUGGAUGUCACUGAUGUUACUGCAGUCUGCACAACUUUGAAAGAGGAUUUCUAUGCAUUUAAACAAUUGCUUCGUCGUUUUAUCAGACUUAUGCCAUUACCUGAUAAAGUGGUGUGUUCAACAUCUGAGGGUUUGCAUUUGCCGCAUGGUGUCAAAUGCUACUUUGACUUGAUAUCUAACAUUAAGGGGUCGAACAUGGAUUACUACAAGUGGCUUUACAACCUUCCCAUCUUUUGGAAUGCUAAUAAAAAAGGGCUCUUUAUUGGCAUUAUGUCAAGGAUAAUGAGGGAAUUUUGUGAACAUAGUGACGAAUGCUUCAAAUUUAAGGAAAUUGAUAACGAUUGGGGAACAAAAAAAAUAACACAGGGAGUCGAUCCUAGGCUUUGGAAUUUCUACCACUAUACAGAUAAAGCUGGUAAUAAAAACAAGAACUAUCAAAAAGAUUGGGGAAGCACAGUGUAUGCAAGAAAUUUUCUGCAACAUUGCAAGUUGGGCACUAGGACUUUUGAUCUGCUGGAGCCGGUGUUUCCGGAACUCAUAUCUUUGAUUUAUAAGCAUUUUGUUGAAGGAAUUACAAGAGGAGUAUACUAUGAUGUGCAUUUAAGUGAUGGUGAUGAUGAUGAUGAUGAUGAUGAUAGUGAUAGUGACACAGAGAUUAGCCUUGAAGCUAGAAAAGAAAUUACAAGUGGUGCCCCAAGUGAUGAUGAUGAUGAUGGCACAAAGAUGGCACCCACAAAGAGGGAACCCAAAUUUAUUAGCAUUGACCAAUUUCUUUGGAAAGAGCCCUCGAUAUUUAGAUUGUAUGAUGUUUAGUGGAUCUGAACCUGUGAAGAUGAUCAAAGAUGGUCCGUCAAUUCCUAUUUUGUUUCUGUAAAUUUGAAGUGUAUGUAAAGAAGCGGGGCUGUGAUUUUGAGUUCAAGGAUUAAUGUCGCACCGUGAUUCGAACAUGCCACCUAUAGCAAUUUUUAAGAACUACUGACUAAAAGCUUUCCCUAUGUCUAAGGCACAACAAGAUGUUGAUCACUCAGAUCCAUUGCGUUACUCGAGAGGAACUACAAAUAGUUCUAGGCUACUGACUGCAUCUGAAGAACAGGAGUUAUCGAAAGGAAUGCAUGUGCUUUAGCUUUUUCAAUGUUUUUUGGGAAAAUGUGCAAAUAUACCCCUAAACUUUGCGAUUUAGAGCAGAUAUGUCCCUCGUUACAAAAGUGGUGCAUAUAUACCGCUGCCGUUACAAAAAUGGUGUAAAUAUACCCCUGCAGUUACAAAAUGGUGCAAAUAUACUCUUUUCACUAACGGAAUUUGUUAAAAAAAUCAUUUAAUUUUUUUUUAAUUAAAAAAAGGUCUACCUAUAUUUUCCUUAGUAGACAAUUUUCUAAAAUCACAUGGUAAUUUUUUUUGGUCGGUGGGGUCUGGUAAGUUUAAAAAAAUGGGUAGAUUUAUUUUUUUAAAGUCAUGGAGAUAUUUUUUAAAAUUUACUAGACCCGAUUCACCAGAAAAAAAAAUUACCAUGUGGCUUUAGAAAAUUAUGUCUACUAAGGAAAAUAUAGGUAGACUUUUUUUUAAUUAAAAAAUAAAUUAAAUGAUUUUUAAAAAAAAAUUCCGUUAGUGAAACGGGUAUAUUUGCACCAUUUUGUAACUACAGGGGUAUAUUUGCACCAUUUUUGUAACGGCAGGGGUAUAUAUGCAUCACUUUUGUAACGAGGGGCAUAUCUGUUCUAAGCAAAAUUUAGGGGUAUAUUUGCACCUUUUCCCAUGUUUUUUAUUAAGUAUUUAGCUUUUUCUAACUAUAAGACACAACAUGAACCUAUGGCAUUUGUUCUUUUCCUCAA